AUGGAGCUGACCUGGAAUUUAGUCCUUAUUGUUUUUCUAAGUUUUUCAUGCUGGGGCUUAGAAUGGAAACUUGAUAGAAAUUUCAUUUUAGCUGCUGGCCCUCUAACGAAUGAUUUGCUGCACAACCUGAGCCGUCCACUGGGAAACCAGGAUUCUAACUCUGUGGCAGGAGACGAAGGCAUUUUCAUGUGUCGCCAGCCACUGCCGGCUUUCCUGCCAGAGUACUUCAGCAGUAUUUAUGCCAGUAAGAUCACCCAUUAUAAAGUAUUUCUGUCAUGGGCACAACUUCUCCCAGCUGGGAGCUCCAAGAGCCCAGACGAGAAAACGGUGCAGUGCUACCGGCGACUCCUCGAGACCGUCAAAGCUGCGCAGCUUCAGCCCCUGGCCGUCCUGCACCACCAGACCCUUCCCGCCGGCGUCCCCCGCGGAAGCGAAGUCUUGGCUGAUCUCUUUGCAGACUAUGCCACAUUCGCCUUCCACUCCUUUGGGGACUUAGCUGAAAUCUGGUUCACUUUUAGUGACUUGGAGGAGGUGAUAACAGAACUCCCUCAGCAGAAAUCAAGAUCUUCACGUCUCCAGACCCUCGCGGACGCCCACCGAAAAGCUUAUGAGAUUUACCACGGAAAAUACGCUUCUCCGGGUGGAAAGCUGUCGGUCGUCCUACGAGCUGAAGCGGUCUGGGAGCUGCUGCUAGAACCGUCCACGUCUUCCCUUGCCAAGGAUGCAGUCGAUUUCCUUUCUCUUGAUUUGUCUUAUGAAUGCCAAAAUGAGGCAAGUUUGCUGCAGAGCCUGAGUGCCUUGCGGACUGUUGAGCCAAAAGUGAAAGUUUUCAUCUUCAAUCUGAAACUCCAGGACUGCCCCUCCACCAGGAAUAACCCAGCUGAGCUCUUCUUCAGGCUUUUUGAAACCAUCAAUAAAGAGCAAGCACUCGCCAUUGGGUGUGAUGGUAAUAUAUUCUUGAACUGUUCAUCAAAUUCCAAGAAAAGCAGGUCUUGUUCUCUGACUGACAGCCUGACCCUUCAGGCUGCCCAGCAGAGGAACUUCAAGAUGACAGCAGGCUCCUCGCCGCCCAGCUCAGCCUACCAGAGAGUCCAGGAAACAUUUGCUAACCAGUCCAAGGCAGAACGAGAUGCUUUCCUGUGGGAUGUUUUUCCUGAAGGCUUCCUCUGGGGUGUCUCCACGGGAGCCUUUAAUGUGGAAGGAGGCUGGGCUGAGGACGGAAGAGGGGCAAGCAUCUGGGACCAACCUGGACUCCAGAAGGCCACCAAGGACCAAGCAACGCCAGCCGUGGCCAGUGACAGUUACCACAAGGUGGACUCUGACGUCUCCCUGCUUCGUGGCCUCCGAGCUCAGGUCUAUAAGUUCUCCAUCUCCUGGUCCCGCAUCUUCCCCACUGGGCACGGAAGCAGCCCCAACCUCCGGGGUGUCGCCUACUACAACAAGUUGAUCAAUAGCCUGCUGGACUCGCACAUCGAGCCCAUGGCCACGCUUUUCCACUGGGACCUGCCACAGGCCCUGCAGGAUCGAGGUGGGUGGCAGAAUGAGAGUGUGGUGGACGCCUUCCUGGACUAUGCAGCUUUCUGCUUCUCCACCUUUGGGGACCGUGUGAAGCUGUGGGUGACCUUCCACGAGCCGUGGGUGAUGAGCUAUGCGGGCUACGGCACUGGCCAACACGCACCGGGCAUCUCCGACCCAGGGGUGGCCUCUUUCAAGGUGGCUCACUUGGUCCUCAAGGCUCAUGCCAGAGCUUGGCACCUCUACAACAACCACCAUCGGCCACAGCAGCAGGGGCGUGUGGGCAUUGUGCUGAACUCAGACUGGGCAGAACCCCUAUCCCCAGGGAGGGCUGAGGACCUUAGUGCCGCUGAACGCUUCCUGCAGUUCAUGCUGGGCUGGUUUGCACACCCUAUCUUUGUGGAUGGAGACUACCCAGCUGCCCUGAGAACCCAGAUUCAACAGAUAAACAAACAGUGCAGCAGUCCUGUGGCCCAGCUCCCUGAAUUCACCGACGCAGAGAAGCAGCUCCUGAAAGGCUCUGCUGAUUUUCUGGGUCUGUCCCAUUACACUUCCCGCCUCAUCAGCAAGGCCCAGCAAGACACCUGCAUCCCCAGCUAUGAUACCAUUGGAGGCUUUUCACAGCAUGUGGACCCCACUUGGCCCCAGACUUCAUCCCCUUGGAUUCAUGUGGUACCGUGGGGUAUAAGGAGGCUGUUGUGGUUUAUAUCCUUGGAAUAUACAAGAGGAAAAGUUCCAAUAUAUGUGGCUGGAAAUGGCAUGCCCAUAGGCGAAAGUGAAAAUCUCCUUGAUGAUUCCUUGAGAGUAGAAUACUUCAAUCAAUAUAUCAAUGAAGUGCUCAAGGCUGUCAAGGUGGAUUCAGUGGAUGUUCGUUCUUACGUUGCUCGUUCCCUCAUCGAUGGCUUUGAAGGGCCCUCUGGUUACAGCCAGAGGUUUGGGCUGCACCAUGUCAACUUCAACGACAGCAGCAAGCCAAGGACUCCCAGGAAAUCUGCCUAUUUUUUCACCAGCAUCAUUGAAAAGAAUGGUUUCCUCACCAAAAGCAUAAAAAGACUGCCACCACCCAGUACAGCAAACUUCCCCCCUAAAAUCAGAGCCUUCACUUUUCCAUCUGAGGUGCCCUCCAAAGCUAAAGUAGUUUGGGAGAAGUUCUCCAACCAACCCAAGUUUGAAAGAGAUUUGUUCUACCAUGGCACAUUUCGGGAUGACUUUCUGUGGGGUGUGUCCUCAUCAGCCUAUCAGAUUGAAGGAGCUUGGGAUGCUCAUGGCAAAGGCCCCAGCAUCUGGGAUAACUUUACCCACACACCAGGUAGCAAUGUGAAAGACAAUGCCACUGGAGACAUAGCCUGUGACAGCUAUAACCAACUAAAUGCUGAUCUGAAUAUGCUUCGAGCUUUGAAGGUGAAGGCCUAUCACUUCUCUAUCUCCUGGUCUCGGAUUUUCCCAACUGGGAGAAACACUUCUAUCAACCAUCAGGGUGUUAAUUAUUACAACGGGCUGAUCGAUGGCUUGGUGGGAAGCAACAUCUCUCCCAUGGUGACACUGUUCCACUGGGACCUGCCCCAGGCCCUCCAAGAUAUUGGAGGCUGGGAGAAUCCUUCCUUGAUUGAGUUGUUUAACAGCUAUGCAGACUUUUGUUUCCAGACUUUUGGUGACAGAGUCAAGUUCUGGAUGACCUUUAAUGAGCCCACAUACCAGGCAUGGUUGGGCUAUGGCUCAGGGGAUUUUCCCCCAAAUGUGAAGGAUCCAGGCUGGGCACCUUACAAAAUUGGUCAUGCAGUCAUCAAAGCUCAUGCCAGGGUCUAUCACACUUAUGAUGAGAAAUACAGGCAAGAGCAGAAGGGGGUCAUCUCUUUGAGUCUCAGUGCACAGUGGGCAGAGCCCAAGUCACCUCAUGUCCCAAGGGAUGUGGAGGCAGCUGACCGAAUGCUGCAGUUCUCCCUGGGCUGGUUCGCCCAUCCCAUUUUCCGAAAUGGAGACUAUCCCGAUGCCAUGAAGUGGAAAGUGGGGAACAGGAGUGAACUCCAACAUUUAACCACAUCCCGUCUGCCAAGUUUCACUGAGGAAGAGAAGAAGUACAUCAAGGGCACAGCUGAUGUGUUCUGCCUGAGCACCUACUCCUCCAGAAUUGUGCAGCAUACAACACCCAGGUUAAACCCACCCUCCUACAAAGAUGACCAGGAGACGAUUGAGGAGGAGGACCCUUCAUGGUCUUCCACAGCCAUGAACAGAACUGCUCCCUGGGGGAUGAGAAGACUGCUCAACUGGAUCAAAGAAGAGUAUGGUGACAUCCCCAUUUACAUCACCAAAAAUGGGGUGGGGUUGACAAAUCCGGAGGAGGAAGAUACCAGUAGGAUAUUUUACCACAAAACCUACAUCAAUGAAGCUUUGAAAGCCUACAGGCUCGAUGGUGUAGACCUUCGAGGGUAUGCCGCAUGGUCUCUGAUGGACAACUUUGAGUGGCUGAAUGGCUACACGGUCAAGUUUGGGCUGUACCAUGUUGAUUUCAAUCAUGUGAACCGGCUUCGCACAGCCAGAGUCUCUGCCAGGUACUACACAGAGGUCAUCACCAACAACGGCAUGCCACUGCCCCAGGAAGAUGAGUUUCUCUAUGGUCAGUUUCCCAAGGGUUUUAUCUGGAGUGUGGCUUCCGCUGCAUAUCAGAUCGAAGGUGCAUGGAGAGCAGAUGGCAAAGGACUCAGUAUUUGGGACAUGUAUUCUCAUACACCACUGAAUAUUGAGAACGACGACAACGGAGACGUGGCCUGCGACAGUUAUCACAAGAUUGCUGAGGAUGUGGCUGCCCUGCAAGACCUGGGUGUGUCCCACUAUCGCUUUUCCAUCUCUUGGCCUCGUGUCCUCCCAGAUGGAACCACCAAGUCCAUCAGUGAAGGGGGCCUGAACUACUAUGUGCAGCUCAUUGACGCACUGCUGGCCGCCAACAUCAAGCCCCAGGUGACCAUUUACCACUGGGACCUGCCCCAGGCCCUCCAGGAUGUUGGAGGCUGGGAGAAUGAGACCAUUGUACAACACUUUAAGGAGUAUGCCAACGUGCUCUUCCAGAGGCUGGGGGACAAGGUGAAGUUUUGGAUCACGCUGAACGAGCCCUUCGUUAUCGCUUACAAGGGCUAUGGCUACGGGACAGCAGCUCCAGGAAUCUCUGUUAGGCCUGGCACUGGCCCCUACCUUGCUGGCCACAACCUAAUAAAGGCUCAUGCUGAGGCCUGGCACCUCUACAAUGACAUGUACCGCGCCAGUCAAGGUGGCGUAAUUUCCAUCACCAUCAGCAGCGACUGGGCUGAGCCCAGAGACCCCUCCAACCAGGAAGAUGUGGAGGCAGCCAGGAGAUACGUUCAGUUUAUGGGAGGCUGGUUCGCACAUCCUAUUUUCAAGAAUGGAGAUUACAAUGAAGUGAUGAAGACUCGGAUUCGGGACAGGAGCUUGGCCGAAGGCCUGAACAAGUCUCGGCUCCCGGAGUUCACAGACAGUGAGAAGAGGAGGAUCAAUGGCACCUAUGACUUCUUUGGGUUCAAUCACUACACCACUGUCCUGGCCUACAAUCUCGACUAUGACUCUGGGAUCUCGUCCUUUGAUGCAGACAGGGGAGUUGCCUUCAUCGCAGACCCCUCCUGGCCUGACUCUGGCUCCUCCUGGCUGAAGAUGACACCGUUUGGCUUCAGGAGGAUUCUGAACUGGCUAAAGGAGGAGUACAACAACCCCCCAAUUUACGUAACAGAGAAUGGAGUGUCCCAACGGGGAGAAGAAAGCCUCAACGAUACUGCAAGGAUCUAUUACCUCCGCAGCUACAUCAACGAGGCACUCAAAGCUGUGCAGGAUAAGGUGGACCUUCGCGGAUACACUGUUUGGAGUGUGAUAGACAACUUUGAGUGGGCCACAGGCUUCUCGGAGAGGUUUGGUCUACAUUUUGUGAACUAUACUGACCCUUCUCUGCCAAGGAUUCCCAAAGCGUCAGCCAAGUUCUACGCCUCUAUAACCCGGUGCAAUGGCUUCCCUGACCCGGCAGCUGGCCCACACCCUUGUCUCCAGCCACAAGAUGCUGGACCCACCAUCAGCCCCAGGAGAGAAGAGGAAGUUCGGUUCCUGGGGCUAGCACUGGGUGCAUCAGAGGCCCAGACAGCUCUGUACACACUCUUUUCUCUUGUGCUCCUUGGAGUUUGUGGUGUGGCAUUGCUGUUGUACAAGUACUGCAAGCGCUCCAAGCAAGGGAAAACACAACCAAACCAACAGGAAUUGAGCCCCAUUUCUCCAUUCUGA